UUUGCAUUUUAAUCGAGCUAGCAGACACUUUCUGAACAAGAAAGACAUUCAGAUGGCUGGAAGCGGAAAGGCAAAAACACUUAUGUGCUUGUUCCUCGUCUGGAUAAUUUAUCUGAUUAUUGGGAUGUUCAUAUUCAGAGCUGUUGAACGCGAUCAUAAGAAGGAUAAGCCACAAGAAGAAACCAAACAACAAUCCUUGGACGUAAUUAGAGAAAAUGUGACGGCUAAAUAUAACAUGAGUGAAGCAGAGUUUGAUUUUAUUGUGCAGCAGAUUGAAGCAGCUUCAUCGACCUCAAGUGUUGGUAGACCAGAAUGGAGCUAUACCGAAUCACUUUCUUUUGUGGUUCAACUGGUCACAACAGUCGGCUAUGGUAACAUCACACCCGUGACAACAGGUGGCCGAGUACUUUGUAUAAUCUUCGCCCUUAUAGGUAUACCGAUCAACAUUAUAUUCCUGCAGUUACUCGGAGAAAGAAUGCUUCGCAGCGAGCACUUCCUCGUCAUGAAAUUCGAACAAGGCUGCCUCAAGAGAGAGGGCGCGCCAAAAUUCUUGAAUGAAAAAUGCUCUUUCGUGGGUUUUCUUCUUCUGCUGAUCAUUUUAUUUGCGGGCGCUGGGUGCCAAAUGGAGAUGGAAAACUGGACAUUUUUUGAGGGUUUUUACGCUUACUUCAUAACUUUUACAACAGUUGGCUUUGGUGAUCUGAUCCCAGGAUCGAUGAUAAGAGGUUCUCCAAACGCAAAGAUAACGGUAUCCAUCUUAUUUAUCAUCAUGGGUUUGGCGGCCAUGUCGAAUGUGAUCAAUGGACUUGUAAACUGAAGCGAGAGUAUGGAAUUGUUCCGAAGAUUGGGCGAGCGCUGCGGAAGAAGGAGAAGUGUGGAAAUAAGUCCUGAAACGUCGAAAAAGAGUGAGAUUGAGCUAAAUGAGAAUUAUGCUCCAGAAACGAUAUGACUAUUAUCUCCUCUGUUAUGGUACUAACCGCAUCGUAACUCUUUGAAAAUUGUCUCGAAAUUAGGCAAUGGAUGCUGCCAUCUUUAAUCUUGCUUAAAAAAUGGAAUUCUUGACUCAAAUCAUUUCUUUCGGCAGCAACCAAAGCGGCAGCUGAACUGCGCGAUACUUUUGCGUGUGAGGCCUGGCUACUGAGUUGCUUCAAAAUAGCGGCGUUCAAGGUUGAAUUUUUAUCACAUUCGGAGGCAACUUUUGAACAAUAAAGAUACUCUCAGCAAUCUCAGUAAUCUGUAAAUAAUAGAU